AUGUCUAACUCCAUGUACAAAGACAAUUCGCUGGCGUCCGUUUCUUCCCUCAAGGAGAAGGAUGGGGAGAAGGUCGCGGUGGACACGCUUCCUGUCCUCAAGGAAGAGGGAAAUAUCGGUCUUAAUGAGUUCGAGGCUGCGAAAGACGCUGGUGUCCGUGUUAGUAGUAAAGACAACACACGGUACGCAGGGUUACUCUAUGAUCCAGAAGGCCAGGACCAACGUGCGGUUUGUAGGAUUGCUUUGAAGAUUGAUCGCUGGAUUCUUCCCAUGGGACUCAGCUACCUGGACAAGACCGCGCUUAAUUAUGGUAAUCUUUAUGGCAUGCGAACGGAUCUUGAUGUGACCGGUCAACAAUUUGACUGGUUUGCCAGUGCUUUCUACUUUGGAUAUUUAAUCGGAAACUAUCCGCAAGGCUGGCUUCUGCAACACUAUCAUGCCGGUCGCGUUCUCGCUACCACAACCGCCCUCUGGGGCAUCAUCGUCCUAUGUAUUCCUGCCGCACACAACUUUGGCGGUAUUUUAGCAGCAUACUUCUUCCUCGGCAUCAUUGAAUCUAUCGUCACACCCGGGCUCACGCUCUUAACUGCCAUUUGGUAUGCACAGGCUGAAGUGCCGCUGCGUACUAUGAUUUGGUAUUCGUUCAACGGGUGGGCUGGAAUUUUUGGCGGCUUUCUUGCGUAUGGGAUUGGGAAGAUCGAGAACCCUUCCAUUGCUCGAUGGAAGUAUAUCUUCCUAAUACUUGGCGCUAUCAGCUUUGCAUAUGCUCUGAUGCUCUGGAUUCUCUUUCCUGAUUCCCCCGUUGGAGCACGAUUCUUGAAAGACGAGGACAAAGUCUUGGCUGUAAAACGCGUGGCAGAAGCCAAGACUGGUAUCAAGAAUACCGAAUUCAAGGCAUACCAGAUCAAGGAGGCGCUGGUAGACCCCAAGACAUGGCUUCUUUUCAUAGCCUCUAUUUCAGCGCAGAUUCCGAACGGUAUUGUGUCAAACUUCUCGUCGAUCGUGAUUGAGGGAAUGGGUUUUACAACAUUACAAACCACCUUACUGGAUGCUGCUGCCUCAGGUGUUCAGAUUGCUAGUCUGAUUGCAGCAGGCGUGAUUACUACAUAUGUUAAGAAUACUCGCGUUAUCACUAUGGCCGCUGGAAAUAUCACUUGUAUCAUAUCGGCUGCCUGUCUGACAUAUCUCCCAGCGGAUCAAAAGUGGAACCGGCUCAUAGCGUACUGGUUUACUAACUUCCAGUCUGUAGGGUUCUCCUUGUCGCUGGUUAUGAUUUCGAACAACGUCGGCGGAUUCACCAAAAAGACAUUCAUUACAGCUCUAACUUUCAUCGGGUACUGUAUUGGGAAUAUCAUAGGACCUCACUUCCUCAUCGCGAGCGAGGCACCUACCUACCACACCGGUACUAGAGCAAUGUUCGUAGGAUAUUGCAUAAAGACAGCCGCCCUUCUCCUGCUUGGUCUAUACAUGUGGCGCAGUAACGUUAAGAAAGACCGCAUGUACGGCAAGGUUGAGACCUACGAAGACGAACUGAAGGGCGAGGAGGCUGACUUCCGAAGAGCGUUGGAUGCGCUUCCGAGCGUAGCUACGCCCAACUCGACGGUCUGUGGUUCUAGUAAUGGCCCCAGGACGCCGCAGGAUUUCUUACGUGAUCCCCCCUCCAUCCGAGUCUACACCUCGUUUGCAGCUUCCACCCCAUGCAUUGUCGCCCCUCGUGUCCCGGCCCAUUCUCGCCACAGACUCGGCGUCGCGUCGCUCGCGCUCGAUACCUCUACCCAACUCGUAGGCCGCUCUUCUCCGGAGGGAAUCCUCUACACGGGUGGACGCGAUGGCCUCGUCAUUUCGUGGGACCUCGGCAUUCCAAUGAAACGACGCGCGCAUCGCUAUGGUGUCACGGAGGAUAGUCGAAGUGUGAGCACGCGCGGGUGGGAGAUCAUGACGAACUGGGCAGAUGAUGUUAUAGAGGAGGAAACGGAUGAUGGAGAGGACUUGCGCAGUGACGGUGAUGUUCUUGGAGAGGUCACCGGGCGACACAAGAGGAAGGUGGUUGGUGUGCAGAGUGCUAUACCUGAGGAAGAGCAGUGGGAGACCGAUGUUGAAACGCUGGAGGCCCGCAAGACGACGCCCCCUUCAACUCAAUUUCGGCAAUGCGCACAGAUGCAUUCUGACUGGGUAAAUGACAUUCUCCUUUGCAAUCAGAACCAGACUCUCAUUACAGCGUCCUCUGAUGGUACUGUUCGCGCAUGGAACCCUCAUGCGCAUGAGAAUACUGUUCCUCUGCAGGACCCAGUCACCAUUGGAACGCAUGGCGAUUAUGUGCGCUGUCUGGCUCACAGCCGAGAUCGACAUUGGGUCGCGUCUGGGUCAUUUGACCGUACCAUCAAGCUGUGGGAUCUUGGAGCAGCGUCAUCAAAUACACCAGUUGCAACACUUACAGCGCCCGAAGCAUCAGGUCCAAAGGGCUCGAUAUAUGCGUUGGCAAUGGACUCAUGUGGGACAAUGAUCGCAUCCGGCUCCCCAGAGCGGGUUGUCAGAUUAUGGGAUCCACGUUCUAACAAAAGAAUAGGCAAGCUGGUUGGCCAUACGGACAAUAUACGUGCGAUGCUGCUUUCGGAAGACGCGAGAUAUUUGCUUACAGGCUCGGCCGACGCUUCUAUCAAGCUUUGGUCGCUGUACUCACAGAGAUGUCUGCAUACGUUCACACACCACACGGACUCUGUUUGGUCCCUGUUCUCUCAGCAUCCUACGUUAGAGAACUUCUUCUCUGGCGACCGCUCAGGUUUUGUGUGCAAGGUGGACGUGGAAGGCUGCGCGGACGUAUCUGAAGGUGAAUGUAUCGUCCUCUGCCAGGAUACGAGUGAACGCGGGAACGGCUCAAGUGCCGCGGAAGGCGUGAAUCGGAUGGUGGCCAUGGACGACAGUGUAAUUUGGACUGCAUCGGGAAGUUCAAGUUUCAAACGCUGGAAAGUUCCAGUCCGGCGUUCGGUGCGAGCGGCCACAUCAGUCAAGGACACUGCACCAUCUAGCGAAUGCGAGAUAGCGACACCUCCACUCGGGGACGGCAGUGGCGAGGCCAACACCCAACGACCUGUCAUAGGAAGCUCUGCAGACUUUACAAGCACCCCUACUCGUUCUAGUUCUGUCCAUAUCAGUCUCAGAGCCGGAAGUCCUCCGCGAAUCAAGACCCACCGAGAAUCACUAUCUCCAUCGCUUCAUUCCUCGAUUUCGCAUGCUCAGCCAGAGUGUGAUCCAUUCACCGACGCUGAAGGGAAUGAAACAUGGUAUGGCAUUCCGUUCGAGAGCCUCGUUCGGCUCACAUCGCCCAACGAGUCAUUUUCUGGGUUUGGCGGGCAUGGCUCGAUGUUCCGGGGACACGACCCAGAGAUUGCUACGCUGUAUUCUGCUGCAUCAGUUAUGAGCAUACCACGGCUGGUGCGCCCAGUGCAGUCUAUGUUGGGUGGUCCCAUCGCUGCGCAAGGCCCGCGGAGCCCCAGCCCGUUUCGAGCAGGGAUGGAUGACGGACACUCCCAUGUGCGUAUGGCGGAGGAGACGCAGACGCUACAUCCUGGGACGCGAGCGCGAGCUGCGUUCGAGGAGCGCGAGGUCGCAGCAGACGCUGUACCGCUCAGACACGAGCCAGACGAGAUCGUGCAGGGAGAGCACGGACUCGUGCGUAGUGCGAUGCUCAACGACCGCAUUCAUGCGCUUACCGUGGACACCGCCGGGGAAGUAGCCGUCUGGGAUGUUGUUCGUGGCGUGUGCCGCGGGCGCUUCAUGAGCGAGGACGUUGCCGCCGCCAGCUCCCGUGGAAGCGAGGCUAGCGUCAUCCUGGACGGCGAGUCGGCCAGGUCGAGGAAGGAAAGAAGUCCAAGAGAAGCGCUCGAGGCCGUUCGCGAGAGGAUUGAAGGCGAAGCAGUGGUUCAGCCAUGGGCGACUGUGGACACGAAGACUGGCGUGCUCACUGUUCAUCUCAGUGAGAGAUGCUUCGAAGCAGAAAUCUAUGCGGAUGAGGCAGGUUAUUCAGCUGAACGACGUUAUGGGGACGAAACUCGAUUGAAUAUUGGAAAAUGGGUACUUCGCAAUCUCUUCAGUGGAUUCAUCCGCGAGGAGCAACGUGCUUUGGCUCGCCGUACGCGCGAAGCUGAAAUCGUUCAUCGUAUGCAUCGAGGCGGCGCUCCCAAUCAUAUUGACCUGAAUGGACAUCCUCCUGAUUUGGUUCGACCAUCUGUAGAUCCUGCCCAUUCGCCAGCAACACGUAGUCCCCGCAGUACUAACCUGAUAUAUUCUCCGAACAUAGUUCCUGCUGUGUCCCCAUCCACCUCUCCAAUGCCGCGUACACCCGUCCCCUUGCUGACUCCACAAGUUCAUCGCGGUACUGGUAUUCGAGAGUCCGCACUUUCGCCGAUUCCGCAGUCGCCUGUAGACAGUGCUCCAAUUUCACAGAGUAUUCCGCGCACGUUGGCGAUCGACACGUCGACAACUAGUUCCCCGUCACAAACAUCCGACUACUUUACAUCACGGGCUCGUCGUGGAUCUGUAUCUACAGGUGGUACGUCAGACGAGUGGGGUGGCAAAGAUCCCGCCUUGCAGACCCCAGGUACACCGACUGCAGGUGGUCUCAUGGGUCGUAUAAAAGCGUUUGGCAAGGGCACAAAACGUCAAGCAAGCGAGCCUGGAACGACUCCUACUGGGGGCACGUUGGCAGGAGGGGACACUAUGGCUACUCCGGGGGAUCUUUCUGCACACGUCGGUACCAAAUCUCCAGCUCAGGCACUGCUCAAUGGUCCUAUAAAUCCACCUUCAACAACGGAUGCACCCGCAUUACAGAUACCCCCACAUACAUCCCUGGUCAUUUCAGAAGAGGCUGCUUCGGGCUGGACCACGCUGUAUAGAGGGCAAGUUGCUAAUACUGGAGGUGACAUGCGCAUCCUAGAGGAGCUACUCCCAUACUGGCUGCUGGAAUAUUUAUUAGCUAAUCGCGUACCUCCGGUACCCGUUACCAAGAUCAGCUUUGUCCUUCUCCCUUACCCAAGUAGAGACUCUCAUGGCGAGCAACUCCCGGAGUUGCUUAAUACUGCGCAGUCUAAAUUGACUGCCAGUCGAUUUUUGCGAGUUCGCAAGCUCACGAUACAUGUACAAGACAAGCUUGAUAAACUCACCGGGUCUCGUGGGCCCACAUCUCCCAAUACACCCCGCUCAUCCUUCGACUCUCGCUCAAUGUCAUCUGCAGGAAGAGGUCGUGAACCCGAAGUCCGACCACGGGCUGAGGAUCUGUACGAAAUUGUCUGCAAUGAUGUGGUUCUUCCAUUGGACAUGACGCUCGCUGCUGUGCGUCAGUUCGUGUGGCGCCAGUCUGCAGAACUCAGCAUGUACUAUCGGCGCAAAGCGUCCCACUCUCGUCAAUAA